AAUUGUAGCAAUUGGCUACCGAAAGGCGGCCAGGGAAAUCUGAUUGGUAGAAGCGCACGCGUGGAUCAGGCGGCGGCAUAGAAAAGCAAGCCAUAGAGCCGCGCGCGUGUUCAACCGGGCUGGUUUUUUUGCGUCGUGUGAGAGAAGAGGGAGAAGAAAAGCGGCAGCUCUUCAGCUCAGAUGGCCUCGCCCUCAGAUUUCCCGAACAGCCAGAAGAGCCGGCCUCGGUGGAGACGCGUGUUCGAGGGGCAGCGCGAAGUGCAGUCUAGAGGAGCAACCGUAGGCGAUUCUGCAGGUUUGCAAUUCCAGGAUGUAGGCAGCACUGGUGAAAAUUACAACUAUGCUUCAAAAUUUGUUCUAGACUUUGAACAAAAUGUUCGUCUUAGGAGUUUGCAUAACUCUUGCAGGCAGAAGAACUAUGAUCAAAGCAUCAAAGAGAAGAGUAAGCAGACUUGCUGUCCUGAUUGUACACCUGUUCAUCUAACAUCUGAGACAUUUACAACAAACAUGGACAGCAAAACUCUGCAAGAAAUAGAGAGAGCUUUGGAAGUAGCCAGAAAAAGUCUUGGAAGUUUAAAGACUACAGAGGAGAUGCUUGAACACUUGGUCACUGAAGCAAAACAGGAAGAAAACAAGAUUGCAGAGGUUAUCAAUAACAAGUUUGCAGACUUUAUUACUUCUCUAAAUUCAAGGAAAAGGAAGCUACAGACAGAACUGGUAAUGAACACCUGUAACUUUAUAACUGAUGUACAUAAUGUUCAGAUGUCAGUUAUGCAGAAGAGCAGCGACUUGGAAGGAGCCAUAAAGAUAGCAAAAGAGUUGAAAGCAAAGAGUUCCUUAAAGGCUUGCCAUAAUUUAAGUCAGGUUCUCUGCAAUUUAAAAAUAACACCUGAAGAUGAAAUUUUAAAAGUAGAUAACCUGAAAAAAAGAAAACUUCCAAGGUUUUACAUAGACUAUGAUGAGAUUAUCUCCUUGCUUAGAAAUAUGGGGAAAUUCUCCUUGGAUAUGCCUAAUCCGAACGUCUUUGGAGACUUCCGUCUAAAGAUUAGCAAUAUGGAAGAUGAACUCAGUGGCAAUUUGUCUAAGUUAAAUAGAGAACAUCGCAAAUUUGUUGAAGAAAUGGCCACGGUGACUGCCUUGCAAGAAGCUGAUUCAUAUUCUGAAGGAAGUUAUACUCUGUUCCAAGAAACGGCUGUAUCGCCCACUCAGAAAUGCAUUGCUUUUCCUUAUGCAGCAUCCACUCCAGAUGUCAUAAUUGAAGAAAUCAUUGAAGAUGACCAAGAAAUGUCUUCCACAGAAAAUCCCGAAGAUGCACACCCAAAAAACGUUGUGCAAAAACUGACGCCAUUUGGACCAAAAGCAGACACUCCAGAAUUAGUUUUUGUCAGCUGUGUAAUAAACCCUUGCCACUUCUAUGUUCGGACACUUUCAGAAAAGAAAAUGGCUGUUCGUCUGGAAAAAGCUCUGAGACAAUUUUGUUACCAGACGACUUCAUCCCCUAGAGACAUUUUGGAACUAGGUACAAUAAUUUUUGUUAGAAGUAAAGAACAUGGAGUAUGGUGCCGUGCAAAAAUCUUUGAACUAAUUCCAGCACAGAAUAUAAAUGAGGGGAAACCCUGUGGUCCAACAAAAUACAAAAUUUGUGAUAUUGCAAUGAUGCAAGUAUUCCUCAUAGACUUUGGACAUUCUGAAGUUUUAAUUGCUUCUGGCAGGGUUGCUGAUGAAAUGGUGGUGAAUCCAGAUCAUGCCACUCUGGAAUAUAUAGUGAUGGAAGACUUGUGCUCGGUUGUAAGGAAACCUGAUUUACACAUAGAGGCACAGCUUAGAGGUAUAAAUAAAUUAGCAUUGCAUUGUUCCCUGAAGGACAUCGUUCCUAAACAUUCAAGCGAAGGCUGGAGUAGAGCAGCCAGGACACAAUUUUUGAGAAUGGUAAACAAAAAAGCUGUUCUAAUGAAAGUGUUCAGAGAACAGGAUGGUGUGCUUAUUGUUGAUUUGAUGAAACCUCCAGCAAACAAAAUAAGUAGUGAUAUGCCAGUGUCACUCAGAGAUGCUUUAGUGUUUUUGGAUUUAGCAAGGUUCCGCACUGAACAUUCUGAUCAACUAGAAAAUAUUGUACCCCUGCAAUUCUGGUCCCCUGUGAUACCACAAGAAAAUACAGAAGUCACUGUUGUUGUUAGCCACAUUAAUAGUCUUGAUGACUUCUACCUUCAGCUGCUAGAACAAGGUCCAGACUUUGCUGUUCUUCUGAACAAAGUUGAAGAAGUAUAUAAAAAUCCAAGUGGAGACAACUUGGAAAUCCUCUGUCCAAUCCAAGGUCAACCCUGCAUAGCAAGAUUUGAAGAUGGAGUUUGGUACAGAGCACAAGUGAUUGGAUUGCCAGGACAUCAAGAAGUUGAAGUUAAAUAUGUGGACUUUGGCAAUACUGCUAAAAUAAAUGUGAAAGACAUGCGUAAAAUAAAAGAUGACUUCUUAGCCUGCCCAGCAAAGGCCAUCAGGUGCAAGUUGGCCAAUAUUGAACCGUAUAAAGGAGCAAAGGAAUGGAGUAGUAAAUCAAAGGAUAGAUUUGAAGAACUAGUUCGAGACAAAUGUAUGCUGUGCUUCAUUAUCCAGAAAUUUCAAGAUAAUGUGCUAUCUGUCGAGCUCUACACAAGUGUACAUAUCUCACCAGAGCAGUCUUGUAGUAUUAACAGUCUCUUGGUUAAAGAAGACCUAGCAUCUUAUACAACAAGCAACACCAAAAUAAUCAUCAGAUCUCCCAGUGAAGUGUGGGAUCCUACUCUGGAAGAAAUCUUCAAAACAGAGAUAGAGGUUUUAAAACCUGGAUACAUAGACCUGUCACAGAUGGAAGAUUUUGGAUUAGUCUGUAAUAAAGAGCUGCAAGUGCGAAUUAGUCAUGUUGUAUCCCCAAGCAAAAUCUUUGCACAGCUCUUGUCUUCGGAAAAAAAUCUGAAAAGUUUACAGGAAAAGAUGAUGGCUAUUUAUUCUGAGUCUGGGAAUGAAACAGUUCAGUGGAAAAUAGAUAUGAAUUGUGCUGCUUAUGUAAAUGAUACGAAUGAAUGGAUGAGAGGCCAAAUCUGCAGGAUUGUUUCUGAAAACAUUGUGGAGGUGUUCUUCUUUGAUUUUGGUCUAGUCAAAACUAUGAAUACUAACUCUCUAAGAACACUUGAAGAGAAUCUGAAGACAGACAAACCUCUUGCUAUGGAGUUGAGUCUAACAGACAUAAGACCAGCGGGUGGAACCAACCAAUGGACAGCCACAGCGUGUGAUGUUCUUCAACGCUACUUAACGGGAGCUGUCGUAAACAUAAUCAUACAGGAAAAUAGCUCUUCACCAUUAGCUGUAAAAAUAUUUGGCAAAGAUGGAGGACUGUAUACUGACAUCUCAGAACAUAUGAUUAAAGAAGGUUUGGCAUUUAGGAAAAAAAGAGCAUAUAAAGCUGCCUCAAGUACAGUAGCCCCUGAGAUGCCACAGAAAAUCCCCUGCCAGCAAAAGAAUGUGGAUGUCAGCGACCUAUUGGCAAAAAUUGAAUGUACACCAAGCCCUUCUGUACCAGAGAAGGAAGCUGAUCUUUCUGUUACCAAAUGUGAGGAGCAAGAUCUUGAGCUCCCUGUGGCUCACCCCAGAACGGUUGAUGUCUACAAACCACCUGCCAUCCCUGGCUCUGACCACUUCAGUGCUUUAGUCAGCUGUGUUUCAGACAAUGGAACAAUUUACGUGAGACCAAAGUCACAAGAUGAAAUGCUAACCAAACUGAUGAAUGAUAUACAAAGUAACUUCAAAUGUCUAGGUCUUCUGGAACCCUACAGCUGGCAAAAGGGAGAGGCUUGUGUUGUAAGAGCAGCAGAUACAAUGUGGUACCGAGGUGAAGUUAUAGAAGUUGGGGGUGGAAUUAUCAGGGUACGGUAUUUGGACUAUGGAUAUAUUGAGAAGAUUCCUCAGUGUCACCUUUAUCCAACUGUAUUGUAUGCUGAGAUACCUCCAUUCUCCAUACCAUGUCAGCUUUAUAAAACUCUGCCAGUUGGUGGUGUCUGGCAGCAGGAUGCAGUUGAACUCCUUCAAGAACUACUUACAAAGAGACUUGUUGAAGUACAAAUUAUGGAACAACCAGGAGACCCAUGGGGAAACUUGUCCAUUAAGCUCUGUUUUGAUGGAAUGUCGCUUUCUUCUUUUAUGGCAUAUCAUAAACACUGCAUUGAUGAAGAUUAUGAUGGAAACAUACCAAAACUGGAUAUAGCAAACUGCAGUGAAGAUCAGCUGGAGGAAAACUGUGAAAUUAGUCAUGAGGAGUUGCUGUUGUCUGAAGCAGAUACCCCACUUCUGCCACCAUAUACUAUGCCAUCGCUGCCUGUGCUUGGAGAGCUUUUCCCUGUUAGAGUAAAACACAUGGUGUCACCUAAUGAGGUGUACCUUGUAAUUGAUCAGCGAGACAAUUGUGAGCAGCUUGAUGGUAUCAAGGACAGCGGAAGCAACUGGAACUCAGAAUCUGAAAAUCUGGAUCAGGCCUUGCAACUGUGUAAUGAUAGCAUACAGUCUUAUCCUCCUCUAACAGAUUUCCGAAAAGACAUGCCUUGUCUUGCCGAGUACAGUGAUGGCUUGUGGUAUCGAGGAAAGCUCCUCUAUAUUAAGGAGUUCAAUCCUCUUUCAGUUAUAGUUGAGUUUGUUGACUAUGGAGCAUCAGAAAGGUUGAGCACAAGCAGAUUACGUCAGAUUCCUCCUUACCUUAUGCGAUACCCAGCUCAAGCAUUCAAAGUUUUGCUGGCUGGAUUUAAACCAGCUUCAUACAAUUCAGAAACCAAAAGAAUUCCUUAUUGUCCUGAAUGGAGCACUGAAUCGUUGUGGGCCAUGAGGGAGUACCUUUCAGUGAAACAACUCUAUGCUUCUUCACUGACGCACUCACCAGAGCACACGGUGUUUUUAUAUGAAGAUGGACACCUGGUUCACUUGAAGUUAGUAGAAAAGGGGUUAGCUAAGUUGGCUUAAUGAUCUCCUCUCACCCAGUAGAAGUUUUGCAUGCCAUGGAACAGAGAAUAUGAGGAUUGAUAAGAAGAAUAUCUCAUGCUCAAAUGGUGGUCGCAGAUUAAACAGCAAGGACUCUGCACCAGUGAAAGGAAGAAUCCUAUUUUUGCUUGUGCAUUCUGGCUUUGCUUCACUAUCUCUGCUACCUUCUAGGCAGUACCUAAUUGAGAGGUGCCAGGCUCAAGCAUACCUUGGGGUCAUAGUCUGUGACUUGGGAACUGAGUGAUUGGCUGGGUUGGAUUACUUAGUGAUGACAGAAAGGCAGUUGCAUAUGUUCAGUCAUUUUUGUACUAUUAUUGUAUGCCUUUUAGAGCAGAACCCUGGCAUUGAAAGAUAUUGGCACUGAGCCCUGAAAAUGCUUUGGCUCAUAUCAUGUCCUGCUUGCAGAAAAGGCUACUGGAGGAGGAAGAAGGGACUGCAUUAAUAAAAUAAAGGAGCGCUAGCAAAGAAAAUGAAGAAAACAUUGAGUAGAAGUGACAGGAACAGAGGGGACAAGAACAGAGGAAAAGAGAGUUUGGGUCUGAAAAGAACAGGUGCUGGUCUUCAGAGCACAGGAAGUUUCUUCAAAAGGAAAAAUAUUAAAAAUAUGUCACACACACACAAUCUGUAGUGCUGCUGAUUGAAUAGCUUGGCUGUUUACUGUGGAAGAUCAUACACCUUUUGUUACAUUGUUGAAGAAAUUGUAGGAUCUAAGUUUUAUCACCUUUUGUG